AUGGCUCCAGGGAAGCGCUCAUUUAGGGGCGCUGAGUUGAUGGGUAAGAGGCGAGCAGCCAAAUAUCAAAGGGCAACUGCAACAGAGGCGAGAAACGAGAAGUCCCACCAAAAGAAAGAAGCGUAUGAGCAAAUCGUCUAUGAAAAUGCGGCAUACGAAGAAUAUUACAAGGCACAAAGUAUCUGCCCCUUGGAAGAGUGGGAUCAAUUUAUGGCCAUCCAAAGACAACGCCUGCCAGGGCAAUGGGACACGGCGAGCAAGGUGGACAUGAAAAAGGACAGCUUUUAUAAAGAAAUCCGCUCUCAUAUCAUUAACGAAGACUUUCGAGGGUCGCUCACAAGACAAGAGGCCGUCAGCAUGCUUCCAUGCCUAUUCUUGGACAUACAGCCACACCAUCUCGUGCUGGAUAUGUGUUCGUCCCCGGGGUCUAAGACAUCAGAAAUGCUUGACAUGCUACAGUGGAAUGCCAGGCUUCGUGAGUCAAAGGAAUCUGGGGGAUCCGUUGGUAUUUCUCCAGUGACUGGCGCAGUUAUCGCAAACGAUGUUGAUCUAAAGCGUGCAGUAACAUUAACACACCAGGUGCAGAAGCUAGCAUCCCCUUCCGUGGCAGUUAGCUGCCUCGACGCAUCGUCCUUCCCGACGCUCCACGAGAGCUCAAGAGACGGUUCUCAAAAGGCCGUCAUUGCGACUGUGUUGUCACAACAAAAGGGCCGCGUGGAGGUUGUCGACCCGCCAGAACUCCCGGGUGAGCCCACGAUGUUCCCUCCGCUGGGUGCCGAUUCCAUGUCCCUCGAAAAGUGUGUUCGCGUUUUGCCCCAUCACAACAAUACGGGGGGGUUUUUCGUUUGCUGCCUCCGCAAGGUCGCGGAACUUGAUGCGAGUCAGAUUUUCAUAAGUAACAAGAACAAGGUAAGGGCUGCUGCAGCGGAGAAGCGGCACGGCCGUCAAAGCUCUCGAGCAAGUGGGGGCCCCAGAUCAACCUUGAAGUCAGCCUUCAACGACACAUCACUUCCGCCGUGCACAGCUGAGAAGGGUGACGCAGGUUCAGGUGCCAUAUGUCCAGUGGAUCCGGAACCUAACCCGCUGCUUGACGGACAGUUGCUACCGGAUGAACCACAAACAACCCCAGCAUCUGGGAGUGCCGAAAACGGUGUUGAGCGCAGUUCGACAACACCAGCUGCCACGGAAGAAGAAGGGAGCCUCUAUGCACUUGCUGCAGCGGCUUCAAAGCCAGGGAGUCUCUUCCAUAUUCUACUUCCAGCGAACUGCGACGCGGAAGGGUCGAGGGUCGUGCAGAUGAUCUUCGAUUUCUUUGGUUUGGAUAGCAGAACACCGCUGCUGGACGGCGACUUGCGGGACCCAAGAAAUGUGGAGUCACUCGAUCCUCAUCUGCUCUUCCGGCGGGUUCAUUCUCACAAGAAAAUCUUCCUUCUCUCGAAAAAAUUGGCGGACCUAGUGAAGGCUUGUUACGGGACGCCAGGCCCGCGCUCUCGUAGAGACCAGCAUGCGAAUGCCCUGUCUCGUCAGGAGGAACUUCGUCACCAAGUGGACGGUCUCUUAAGAAGUAAAAUUAAAUGGGUGCAUGCAGGAACUACAGUUCUUGUCAAGCACAGUGAGACCAAAACAGGCGAAGAACAGGCCUUGGGCGCUCAGGGGUGGCGUGUGCCGCAGGAGGGAGCAGCGCUGAUAGCCACUUUCAUGAGACGGCGCAUUGUCUUCGUAAGCCUAGUGGUUGGUCGGCUAUUGCUGGUGCCGGAGGCAAGGGUUGUGCGACUGUCUGGUUUGUUACAUUUCGAGAGCCGCCAGCAAGUGCUUAACCUGUCUUCCUGUCGAGAUAAGGAUGGGUCAAUCGAAGCUGGAGGAGUUGUUUGCAUAGUCUGCCCUACGUCGGUCAUUGCAGUCGAAGAUCCUGUCAAGUCGGAUGCCCAUGAGGAAAACAUGAUGCCAGCAGUGGACGAAGAACAGCGCUCGCUUGCACGCAAAUACCCCAUUAAGGAUAAUCCAAGUUUUGCCACCAUCUCGGACAGCUUAUGCAUUGCGUGCAUGUUGACGAAAGGCGGGAACUUGCACGCUUACAUGAAUCAAAACGAGGCAGAAGCCCUGGCAUUCCACUUGUUCUCAAUGCCUAGGGAAGAGGAACUGCAAAAUGCGUGUAACAGUGAAUAA